AUGCAGUACCCGCCGGCGGCAAUGGUGAUGCAGCACGGGAUGAUGCCGCCGGCGAUGCAUUACAUGUCCCCGCACUACGUGCCCUACCACCACCACCACCACCUCCCACCGCCAAUGGCGCCGCCGCCGCAUGGAGGGAGGAGCAACGGAGGGGGCUCUAAUGAGGAGAACAACACGAUCUGGGUGGGCGAUCUUUAUGGCUGGAUGGAUGAAGAUUAUCUCCGUAACUGCUUUGCUUCCACUGGAGAGGUGAAAUCCAUAAAGGUGAUCCGCAACAAGCAGACAGGUAUAUCUGAAGGAUACGGUUUUGUGGAGUUCUCGUCCCACUCAGCGGCCGAGAAGAUCCUUCAGACUUUCUCUGGCCUGGCUAUGCCCAACACCGACCAGCUCUUCCGCCUCAACUGGGCUACCUUCAGCAUGGGUGACAAGCGCUCCAACAACACAAUCAAUGGCAAUGGAAACAGCACCAAGGGCUCCGAUUUGUCCAUCUUUGUUGGUGACCUGGCAUCUGAUGUCACAGAUGCCCUCCUUCAUGAGACCUUCUCAAGCAAGUACCCGUCCGUCAAGGCUGCCAAGGUCGUGGUCGAUGCCAACACGGGCCGCUCGAAGAGUUAUGGUUUUGUUAGGUUUGGGGAUGAUACCGAGAGGUUGAAGGCUAUGACGGAGAUGAAUGGCGUUUACUGCUCGAGCCGGAAGAUGCGCAUAGGGGCUGCCACACCCAGGAAGUCGCCUGGUUACCAGCAGCACUACUCGGUCCAAGGUGGAUAUCCGAAUGGUUUCUCGGCACUGGGUUCUCGGUCUGAUGGAGAUUCUGUGAAUGCAACAAUUUUUGUUGGAGGACUUGACCCUAAUGCUACUGACGAGGAUCUCAGGCAGCCUUUCUCGCAAUAUGGUGAAAUACUGUCAGUCAAGAUACCAGCCAGAAAAGGAUGUGGUUUUGUUCAAUUUGCUAACAGAAAUGAUGCCGCGGAAGCCUUGCACCAUUUAAGUGGUACAACUAUCGGAAAGCAAACUGUUCGACUUUCUUGGGGACGCAAUCCGGCUAACAAACAGUCGAGAGCUGAUUUUGGAAAUCAAUGGACGGGCGCCUAUUAUGGCCCACCUUUCUUUGACGGAUAUGGAUAUGCUAUGCCUCACGACCCAAGCGUGUAUGGAGCCCCGUACACCCCAUAUCCCAUGUACGGGAGCCACCAACAACCAGUUAGCUGA